AUGUGGGUUUUGAAUUUUAUUCUCGCAUCAAUUGCAUUUGCAAACAUAUACGUUUUUUCUCCCGACAAACUACGAAUGGAUAUGUCAACUCGCCACUCACAUGGCCCAAUUCCAUCAUCAUUAGCAAACUUCGGGAAUCCGCCCUAUGGAUCAAUUAUAGUCGGAAGAGUAUUUUUACCUCGAAAUGAAAACCAAUAUAAAGGCUGCAGCCCAUUAGACCAUAUAAGCUGGGACGAUGACCCAGAUAUUGUAAAUUCCCCAAUAUUGCUCUUGGAAAGAGGUGGCUGUUCAUUUGUAGUAAAAGUGAGAAAUGCACAAAACAUCGGUGCAUCAGCAGUAUUAAUAAUGAAUAAUGUAGACGGAAGCAUAGAUCCAAUCACUAUGAUAGAUGACGGUACUGCUGGCAACAUUGACAUUCCUUCCUUGCUGAUUACUAAAGCUGAUGGUGACUUAAUAAAAGAUUACAUAAAAAAAGAGAGUUUUCAAACCAGAGUCGCACUUUCUAUCAGCUUUGAAAUGCCCCAUCCAGAUAACACUGUGGAAUAUGAUAUUUGGAUGACAAGCGGAUUUCCUAUCAUGAGGAAAUUUUUAUAUGAGUUUGCCCCUGUUGCAAAGAAAUUCAAUAGCACCAAUGCAGUUUUUACACCACAUUAUGUUAUUUAUUACUGUGUAGAGUGCAAGGCUACAGGGUUUAAAACUGAUAAUCAAGACUGCUAUGGAGGCGGGAAGUAUUGCUCGCCAGAUCCUGAUGAAGGUUAUGGCCCUCUUACAGGAAGAGACGUCCUGGAUGAAAGUUUGAGGCAGCUUUGUAUUAAUAAAGCAAAUAUCAAAAAUCAAAAAGUCUGGUGGGAUUAUAUAAGAGGAUUCUAUGAAAUGUGUGGAAGUGAUAAAAAUUUCACGAAAAAAUGUUCAGAAAAAGCGAUGGAAAGAGUAAAAAUCGACAAAUACUCCAUAGAAGAGUGCGUGGCUUCAAGCUUUUCUAUUUCAAAUUGGGUUUAUUCUGAUAACUCUUUGCUAGAUGAUGAAAAAUAUGCUCUAGCAGACUCCGGGAUUUUAUUUUAUCCUGCUAUUGUGAUUAACAACCAAGUCUAUCGUGGAGAUUUUGAAGUAAGUGCAGUUAUGACAGCCAUCUGUGCAGGCUACCAAGAUAAGCCAAAAAUCUGUAUAGAUUAUUUUAAUGGGCUACUACCUGGCGACGACUCAGAAACUAGUGAAGGUGUAGGUGCAGGAACAGUGGUCUUAGUAAUGGCUUUAUGCUUGCUAUUCUUAAUUGCAGUUUUAAUUGCAUAUUGGGUUUGGAUGAGGAGAGACAUGAAAGCAGACAUAAGGAGACAAGCAAACUCAGCGAUUAAUCAAUACAUUGCGCUGACUGAACAAAACAUUAGAAAUCAUUAA